AUGAGGAAUGUUGCUGGCCUCCUUGUGCUAUGGUUUUGUCUCGGCCUGAGCUUUGUGCAUGGAAACGAUACCCUUUGGUUCAACGCAGAUGCUGGUAUUACAAAGUUUCAGGUCACAAUGAUCGUGCCGAGUAUAUCUCGUGGACUCGGCAGCCAUGGAGUCUGGCCUGGACUUCAGAACGAUGAUGAUACAUUUGUGUUCCAAAGUGUCGUGAGCGAUUCAAGAGUUCCUGGGACAUGGCAAUUUUUUGUGGAAUAUUGUUGCAAUCCGGACUAUCAAGCAACAUCAGUCAGAGUGUAUCCUGGCGACUCAAUCACCAGCACCUUCUCAGUCGGUGCGAAUGCUCAGUGGACUGACACUUGGUCCAUAUCGCCCGGAGCUGCAGGACGAGCUGCAGGCGCAACUGCGCAGAGUGGAUCUUCUGGGAAUUCAUUUUCCAACAGAGGCACGAUUGACAAGGCUGUCCUUUCUAUCGAGUUGCAAAACAGUGGAGUGUGGGACUUCGGUCAAGUGCAGUGGUCUAGUCUGUCUAUAACGGCAUCAACCACUCAGUCUUGGUGUAACGGAGCAUAUGUUGCUAGCAGCUCAUUCAAGUAUGCUGUAUCAGGAGGUGCGAGCCAUACUUCAGGAUCUUCGACGACGUGCGUUUACAACAGCGUGACAUUUGGCUAA